AUGUCGUCCACCACCGAAACAAUCACCCAAACGCGGACAGCGCGGACAAUUCUACAAGAUUACCAACUUCACCACUCUGGCGCCGCGGAGCCCUCUUCUUCGAAUUCUAACGGUGCAGGGCCGGCUCGCAUGUCGAACCCGCCCGACUGGCCGACUAAUGCGCGGAGGAUACCCCCGUACAGGCCUGUCGACCAGAAUCGCGACCACAGCCAGAUUCGAGUAUACACGAGCGGGAUUGAGCGAGCGUUUAUCAUUACAAUGUUCACGGGUGUGUUCAUAAAUGCGACAGCGGCGAAGCAAUGGAGGAGGACGGGUGGGAGGUUUACGAAGCGAAUUUUCAGGUACCCCAUCGGCGGCGAGUUUUAG